CACCCUAUCCCUUCCACAUGCGCGCGCACACAUAAGUACGUAAUAUACUAUCUUGUUUAGAAGACGAAACAGCCGCCAAUCUGCCUGUUAGCGGACGUUAAUCAAAUAACUCUGGUUUGAUCAUGAAACUUUGUGAGAAAAAUAAUUUCCUUCAUAUUGACUUUGAGCUGUGAAGUAAAGUACAGCAUACGCAACUACCUGUAUACUCUUUGGACCUGCUUAUAUAAUUGCUGUUAUUGAAUAUUUGGACAAAAAGUACGCUCCUGUAUUGGCAAAUAAUGAUUUACACAAUGUCGUAUAUCUUUGAUAUCGUUCAUACCGUACAUGCAAAUUAUAGUAUCAAAAAAUGAGGAAAUAUUCAACAUAUGGAUUGAGGAUAGAAGAAUAUAUACAGAUACACAGCAUUCUCUUGUCUUCACUGCUACACUCUCCAUCAAUGUACAUACAAGGAACAUCAUGCGGGCUUGUUUUUUUUCAGAUGAAGAUUGAAUGGAGAUAAGUCCUAUACCGAAGAUGCUGACUUACAUUUUAUUCAUUUACCUCUCAGCUAUCGCACAUUCGCUGGAAGCUAUGGUCUCAUCACCUUGUGCGCAGAAUGAAGUAAUCGGACACUACAAAAAAGAUCCAUACAGGUCCUUUGGCAGGGGCGCAUCGAGUCAUGGUGUGGUCAAGGCUGUAUGUUUAAACCCAGAGGAAACCGAACCCAAUGAAGAAGAAGGGCUUAUAGACACGAUAGCCAGACCAACAGAUAUGGCGGAAGUUUCUGUUCAACGCCCUCGGAAGAUAAGCGAUGUUCGACUUGUGAAGGUCAACACAAUUAUUCCACAUGAAGGAUAUGUACAGGUCUUGUACAUCGAUCAAUGGCAGUUCGUAUGUGGACGCUACUGGAGCUUUCAUCAAUCAAUCAUGACCUGCCAUAGCUUAGGCUACACAUUCGCCUUGCCGACAUCUGACGGCCAAACGAGCUACAGAAUGACCGAGAGUGCAGAAGAAGUCCCUGGAAUUUUACACCUGAUUUGCCCCGGAAGAGCUUGGAAUCUGACUGAGUGUGAUGGUCGACCUAUCACCAAUCAUCAGUUUUUGUGUGAAGACAACAGGGUUGCCAUGGUUACAUGUGAGCGAGAGCAUGACCAUGAUGACGAAGAUGAGAAUGGUUGCCUAUGUAACCCAUGUUCGAAUGACAGUCUUUGCAUCCCAAUCGAUGUUCAACCUCGAUACAUCUGCGCAUGCUCUGAUGGAUCUGAAGGAGACCAAUGUGAGACGAGUAUCGCAGGACUUGGGCCAGGAGUUGGUCUAAACGAUUCAGACUGGGAAUCUUUCUCUUCUCCCUCUUUAUUGGGACUUGAUGAAGAAGAUGGAGCACAAGAGAAUGGAACGCAUCUUACGCCAUUUACCGGGAGUCGACACCGGCCGCGGGGUCGGCUGCAUGCUAGAUUUCGACGUUCACAUCGACCCCGAAGGCAUCGAACCCGACCCUGGGGAUUUGGACGUUGAUCAUCGAGUACCGAAUCUCGGGAACAAUCUCGGAAAAUCGUACUCAGUCCGGGCAAUUAAAGGCUGUCGACGGGAUCAUUAUUGUCAAUUUUCUUCUUUACCUUUUCUUUGCUACAAAAAUUAUAGGCUUACCUGUAAAGAUCUACUCCUUUUCAAUUCUGCUCGCCUAUUUCCAAGUUUUGAACAUGAACUUUAGGUCAAACACUUUGAUAGCAUGGAAAUUAAUCAAAAUGCUAUUUUCAGUAGGUAUUCGUGGUAUUUGUCGGAACGAUGAAUCAAUCAUUGGAACGCUUUUACUUAAGGGCGAUUCCUGACUUCAAAAAUAUCAUAAAUUUCAACAUCCUUUCAAUAAGUCAUAAGUAGUGUAAUAUUUUACUAUGAUACCUAAAAAUGAUAAUUAUGAGUUUCAACCAAAAGUAAAGUGAGAUA